AUGGCCGAUCAGUUGGUGCGCUGCGCUCGCCUGGACAAGCAGCUGAGGGAGCUGAGUGCUUCAUGCACGAUUUUUCAUCCAGAUGCUCGGGGACUGAGGGCGAGCCUUCGGGACGGGUGCGAGAGUGCCAUCCUCAAAGACCUGGCGCUGUCUAAGCGGAAAGGCGUGGACCGCUUGCUGUGGAGUGCGGUCUUUUACAAGCCCAUCGAAGAAUUCCGACGCAGAUUGACCUGCGGGGCUCAAGACGAUGUGACAGAGAAGGUGCAGGUCGCUGGGGAGGCCUUCCUGGACGAAGCCUAUGUGUUCUACGUCCUCCUGGCUUCCAAGAUACAGCGUGUGUAUGGAAGCGUGGGUCUGGUGCAGAGCCUGGGGCCGGAGGACGAAGCCCUCGUGGAGCUCGCCGGCGCGCCACGAGGGGAGCACAGCGCCAGCCCCCACGCCGAUGUGGAGGCGGCGGUGUGCCACUGCCACGUCGCCAUGGGGGACCUGCUCAGGUACAAGACGACCAUGCGCACCGCUGGCGAGGUGGACUGGGAGGCCAUAGAGCGCGCGUAUCAGACGGCCGCCUCCAUCCACGCUGCCUCGGGGGCGCCCUUCAACCAGCUUGCUGUGCUCGCGACCUGUCGACCAGCCCCCCGUGACCCGCUUGGCGCCAUGUACAACUACCUCAGGUGCGUGCUCCUGCUCGGAAUCGUAUGGGACGAUGCCGGCAGCACCAUGCAGUCCCUGGAGAGGGACAUGCACGCGACCCUGCAAGACCUGGCAUGGCCCCUGGCAGAUGCCCUGGCAGGGCGCUGCGCCAGCCUGGCACGGUCCUGCCCCGGCUCCAGCGCAGGGCUGGAGCUGGUGGCGUCAACCUGGCUGCUGCUGGCCUGGCUGCAGUCUGGGGUCUGCCGGCGACGGGGGUGCAUGGUUGAGCGGCACCAAGGGGUUCGCAUGCCCGGCCUCGCCGGCCUCGCGGGCCACGGCCUCGUGCUGAGGCCCGGCCCCGCGCGCAGUCUGCAACCCGUCCUGCCACUGGACUGGGUGCUGCGCGAGUGCGAGCCCCUGCAGCACGCCUACGCCCCGCUCUGUCUGGACAUGGCUGCAGGGGUGCAGACCGAGGCGGCUGCGCUGCCACUGUACUGGCAGCGCCUGCAUGACGCAGCCGCCGCUGCCCUGGGCAUGCUCACAGAGGCUGACUGA